AUGAAGGCCUCAUUCAUCGCUACCGUCGCCGCUCUGGCCGGCUCUGCUUUCGCCGCUCCCACCCCCGUUGGUGGUCUUGACAGUGUCCUCAGUGGCCUCAAGGUUGGCGACAUCACCAAGGAGCUCAAGCUUACUGAGAUCCCCGUUGUCUCUAAGCUCGGUGACCUGACCAAGGUCCUCAAUCUUCCCACCUCCCCCUCUGCCAGCAGCACUCCCGCUGUCCAGGAUGGUCACGUUGUUCAGAACCUCGGACCCCAGCUCGACAACAUCCUGACCGUUGUCGGCCCUGACGCCACUACCCUGCUCAUUGAGCUCUCCCCUGAGGUUUCAGCCCUUGUCUCCGGCCUUGGUCUCGGUGCCCUCGGCGCUCCCCUCGGUUCCAUCGUCGCCUCCGCCUCCGGCCUCGGUGCUCUUGUCACUGGCCUUGGCCCCGUCGUCGAUGGUCUCGUCACUGUUGUCGGCGCUGACGUCGGUGCUCUCCUCAUCAGCCUCUCCCCUGAGGUUGCUGGCCUCGUUUCCGGUCUUGGUCUCCCCACCGUUGGUGUCCCCGUUGGUACCGUCGUUGCUACUCUCGGCAAGAACCUCAAGCGUGGCGAGAUUGUCCAGGACCUUGCCCCCAAGGUCAAGACCACCCUGACUGUCACCGGCCAGAACGCCAAGAAGCUCCUCAUCGAGCUCUCCCCUUCCGUCACCUCCCUCGUUGCUGGCCUCGGUCUGACCACCAUCUCCGGCCCCAUUGGCUCCAUCGUUGCCGAGGCCGCUGACGUUGGUGACCUCGUCAAGGACAUCUCCGAGCCCAUCGAGAACCUUCUCCACAUUGUCGGCAAGGACGGCAAGAACCUCCUUAUCAAGCUGUCUCCUUCCGUCGUUGAGCUUGUCACUGGCCUCGGCCUUCCCACUGUUGCCACCCCUCUCGGUGCCAUCCUCACCACCGUCGCCCAGAACCUGUAA